UUCCAGCUCUAGUUAUCAACCCCUGCUAUAUCUUAUAAUUUUGCUGGGGCUGGGGCCGGGUUUGCAAUAAUGGAUUGUACAGUAUGUCUUUAUGUGGUUUUUUCAAAACUGAAAGUGCACAGAAUAUAUUGGUAUCAACUAUAAACAAACGAUUUUAAUAUGACAUUAAUGUGCAGCAGUUUUCACUCAAUGAAUAAAUAUAUUAGAUAGUUUCUUAAUUAUUAAAUUUUAAUCAAAGGAAAAUUAAAUAAAACUAAAAGAAAACAAAUGGUGGAAAAAGAAAAUGAGAAACGAUGGGUUGUUCUUGCCCCAGGUGCUCCUUGCUUGUACAUGUUUAAACAAAACCAAUGUUUUGAAGUGAUAAAGUUUCAUGAAAAGUUUCGUUCAUGGUUUAUUGGAAACUCAGUCUUAAAAGACGGAAGUUUACACAUGAUAACUAAAGUUGAUCCAUUAUUUUUGGCACUACCUUACUUGGAAAAAACAUCAAAAUUGGGUCAUUUUACAACCCUAGAUAAUAUACUUGUUGAUGAGACAUAUUCUUCUGUUUCAAUUCUUGCUGCAUGCUUAACUAAAGAAAAUUUAUCUAAUGUUUGUGACGAGAAAGAGACAAGUGAUUUUGUUGUAUAUAGAUUAAAUAAAGAAAAAACACUUGAUUGGUUGUGCUCUAAGAUAAAAAUACUUGCUAAUCACCUAAAAAUGUCAAAUGUAAAUGUUUCAGUUGGUGGGCAAGCUUCAAACUUUGUCAAAUCUUCAAAUGAUAAUAAAAGCAUUGAUGAUUGCAUCAGGUUUUCUAGUUUGAUUGUUUUCGAUUACGUUGCUUCUUCAUGGUUAGAUGAUGUAAAACAAAUGCUCAAUAUUAAAGAUCAAAUAUUUUGUGAUGAAUCCGAACCUCCUUCAAAGCGUCAAAAGUUAAAUGGUGCUCCAAAAUGUUCUGAAGAUUAUCGUGAUAGUUCAGUAAAACCUGAUAAGAAAGUUGCUGUGAAAAUGAGUGCGAAACAAAAACAACUUCAAAAAAUCGAUAAAAAAGGUAUGAAAACCAUGAAUAGUUUUUUUGGAACCAAACCAAAAUAAAGUUUGCUUAGUGAAGACGGAAUCUGAUGUGGAAAAAAUCUCCUUUAAAAUUACCGUAUGUAAAACUUUUUGCCAUGUUGCUUGUUAUUUUGGUUUUAAAUAGUGGCCGGACGUCUGAUGAAACAAAGUACCAAUCAAAUAUUUGCGUUAAUUCUUGAACUUCCAAAGUUUUUUUGGAAGUUUAGGACGUCAGGUUGAAUAAACAAUGCAUUAAAAAAAAAGUAAUUAUUUUUCAAUUUGAUGUCAAGACCAACUCCAACACAGACCAAUCAAGUUGCAACUCUUUGUUGUAUGUAUUAUAAAUUUAACCUUAAGAGUACAAAAGUUUAAAAUGUUCAAAA